GUAUUGGACAUUGCGCGGCACACUCAAACCUGUCGCUACUUGUGUAUUAGUCAAAUGAAGUUUGAGUGGUCGGUUGCGUCAGCUACUGCGCAAGAUUAUUUGAAUGACAGAAUCAAUGAGGCUGGUACAUUUCAAGAUGACUGGACUGAACUUUCAAAUUUUUACUCCAAGAAAUUGUGGCAUCAAUUAACGCUAAAACUUGAAUGUCUGCUGAAAAAUCCUGAAUUUCGGUCGAAAACAAAUUUAAUUCUGCUCAGUACCAAUUUUCUCGGCGAUUUUAUAUACAAAAUAAACCCACUCUCUUUAGCUGAAUUAUGCGUUCCGAUUAGUGAGCAGUAUGUAAUUACAGAUCCGCAGCAGGGUAUCAAAUUCCUCGAAGAAGUUCGUGAUGAGUUUUCUGGCAAAUCCAUGGACGCGAAAAUACUUUUUAACACAACUAUUGGAAUGAUUUACUUGACAGCACUUAAUGAUCUGCCGAGUGCUCGUCAAAUAAUUGAGAAUACACAAAGUCAGUUAGAUGAAAUUGAAGGUGUUACUACAGUUCACUCAAGAUUUUAUCAGCUUAGUUCAAGAUAUUAUCAGAUUACUGGACAACAUGCUGAAUUCUAUCAAGAAGCACUUCGUUUUCUCGGUUGUGUGGAUUUAAACAGUUUGAGUAUUGAAGAACAAAGAGGAUGGGCAUUUUCUGUUGGUUUGGCAGCUAUUCUUAGUGAUGGUGUUUACAGCUUUGGCGAACUCCUGACGCAUGAUGUCUUGAAAAGUUUACAAGGUUCUUCACAGGCAUGGCUUAUUGACCUACUGCAAGCUUUCAAUAGAGGUGAUUUAAAUCAGUUGGAUCAACUACGCAGCCGUUGGUGUGUUCAAGCUGAUCUAGUAGCUGCUGAACCAAAAUUGAAAGACAAAGUCACCUUAUUAUGUCUAGUUGAAAUGGUGUUUCGCCAACCAACUAAUAAACGUACGCUGACAUUUGUAGAAAUCUCAUCUACUACCAGAGUCCCAAUUGACCAAGUUGAACAUUUCUUGAUGAAAGCACUCUCCUUAAAAUUGAUAAAAGGACGUAUUGAUGAAGUUAAUCAAUGUGUUUCUCUUACUUGGUUACAACCUCGUGUUCUUGACAAGGAACAAAUUGGAAGCAUGUGUGCUCGAUUGAAAGAAUGGUCUUCUACAGUUGAAGGUAUGAAAAACCUUGUCGAAGUGGAUACAAAAUCUAUUUUGGCUUGAAACGUAUUUCGUAUUUAUUAACCCGAUUUCUUGUACAACCGUUUGUAAUCCACCAGCACAUACUUUUAAUAAAUGCACUCGAAAAUAUUCUCUUCUGUCAGUCAACAUAUAUUAACAGAGGUCUAUUAUUGCAAUUGUUAAUAUACAAAUUUUAAAUGGA